AUGAGCCAGCUUUACAGAACCCUCACCGGCCAGUCGCAAAAGUCGCAACAGUCGCAUCAAUCAGACAUCUCCACACAACCUCCCGCGACCUUGACGAGGACCACAACCGCCGACCCAUUGACGGGCACCCUCAACCACUUGACUCCCUUCCAGGAAGAGAAACUCAAGGAGUUCAAGGAACGCCUCCUAAAAGGAGGGUGGUGGACACCUGACGGAGUGAAUGGCCGGGCGAGCCACGACGAUGGAACACUACUCCGAUAUCUACGAGCUCGCAAGUUCGAUGUCAAUGGCGCAUUUGGCCAGUUCACCGACACGGAGAAGUGGCUGAAGGAACAACGGGUGGAAGAGCUGUAUGCUCACUUCGAUGUCGAGGCAUACGAAAAGGCUCGCUUGAUGUAUCCCCAGUGGACUGGCCAUCGCGACAAACGAGGUAUCCCCAUCUACGUCUAUGCGAUCAAAGGCCUCGACAACAAGAAUGUGCAGAAAUAUCAGAAAGAGUCCCAGGCAUACAAAGACAGCCUCCCUUACCACAAGACCCUCGCAACGCCGGCCAAACUACUCCCACUCUUUGCUCUCUAUCAGAACUUGCUCAAUUUCGUGAUGCCUUUGGUCUCGACUCUCGAACGACCCAACCCGGAAGUGCCAGUGACGAACUCCACAAAUAUUGUCGACAUCUCCGGUGUUGGCCUCACCCAGUUUUGGAAUCUUAAAGGACAUAUGCAGGAUGCCAGUGUUCUGGCCACUGCGCAUUAUCCAGAAACUCUGGACAGAAUAUUUAUCAUCGGAGCACCCUCUUUCUUCCCUACUGUCUGGGGCUGGAUCAAACGAUGGUUCGAUCCGGUCACCGUGUCGAAAAUCUUCAUUCUCGGCAAGCAUGAAGUGAAAUCCACGCUGUCCAAGUUCAUGGAACCAAAGGACUUCCCCAAACGAUAUGGCGGCGACCUCGAGUGGGACUGGGGCGAUUUCCCCGACCUAGACGCCGAAACGCGUGCCGCCGUGGAAAAGGACGGGAACAAAGGCUGGGUGCAAGGUCCGUGUCUGUGGCUUCAGGGUCAAAGAUUGGUGGUCGGGUCAGUAAAGGGCAAACCCAGAUGUCCAGAUGACGAGGUGGAGAAGAGGAGACCCAUCGUCUGCGCUGCGGACUAUACAGAAACACCUGUCCAUCCGGACAAGAAAAUGUCUAGAGCGUCCCAUCCGCAUGAGAACAUGGCCAACGGGACAGACGCUACGCAUCAUCGUGCGGAAGAAGCCGCAGUGGAAGCAGGGACCGACGGCGCAACGGCGGCCAACCUCAUCGCGAGGGAGUCAAAUUCAGAGCACCAGCCUACUUCACCAACACACGAAUCUCACCAUCACCAUCACCAUCACCACCUCCAUCAUCCCCACCAUCAGAAUCAUCACCCUCGCCCUCACGCGCCGUCUCAGCCUCAACCGGGCCCUGUCCCGGCUCAUGCCGUGGCCAUGACGCAGGCUGUGGCCGCCAAACUGGCCGACGAAUCCGUCUCGACCGUCCCAGCCACAGCCAACGGGCACACCGGGUCUGCGGAGGAAGCACAGCUGGAAGUGCUCGUUGCUAGUGACCCGUCCAAAGGCCUGGCGAUCGAGGCGGAGAGAUUGACUCUUGCGGAGGACGGGAAAGAGAACGGCAAUGGCAGAGUCGACAAGGAGGGCAAUAUCCAAAUCGAGCGGCCGCCCAUCGAACGCUUCGUGACCGCCACCGAAGUGUAG